GGAUCGGAACUGCAUCGAAGUUACCGUCUUGCUCUCCAGGAAUAUGAAUUAAUAAAGAAAAGAAAGUCUUACGUUUUCCAUAUAAUAAGAACUAGGAAGUUCCCAAGUGUUCUUCACAAAUCCUUUCUUUGUUGGUUUUGGCUGAUAAACCAACCAGGCAACGACCAAUGGACCCUCCUAGUCCUCCUCCUCCUCCCAUUCCUGAAUCCCGACCACGACCUCUUACUCCUCCCGUGCUCCUAACCCGACCACGACCUCCUCUUCCUUAUGCUCGCCCUCUUCAGCCACCGCAAAGUCUUCCACCCCGACCACGACCCCAGGUGUUUGUUAGUUUCCGAGGAAAGGAGCUGCGCCACGGCUUCGUGAGUCAUGUAGUGAAAGCCUUGAGAAUUGCAGGGGUCAACGUUUUCAUUGAUAGCAACGAGAUGAAAGGGAGAGACCUUCAAAACCUCUUCAAGAGAAUCGAAAACUCAAAGAUGGCACUCGUGAUCUUCUCUGACCGGUUCUCGGAGUCAGACUGGUGCUUAAACGAGCUCGUGAAGAUUGAUGAUUGCGUGAAGGAAGGGAAACUAACAGUGAUCCCUGUCUUCUACAGGGUCAAUACAGACGACGUGAAAAAUUUCAAAGGUAAAUUUGGAAGUUGUUUUAUAGAAACGGUGCAGAGACAGUCUCCUAAGGAGGAACCUAUGGCCGAACGUUGGGUGAACUCUGUGAAAUCUAUUUCGUCCAAGACCGGCUUCACCUCAGAAGUCCACAGAAUAGAUAGCUAUCUUGUGGAUGCGAUUGUUCGGGACGUUAAGAGACAGCUACCAUACGUUCCCACUAAAGAGAAGGAAUUGCCCAUUGAAACAGAGAUUUUCUUCGCUCUUGUUUUGGCUGGUCUCUGUAAUUUCAUAGCACCUUUAAUAUUCAAUGACACGAGUUUCUACAAGACUCCUCAAUGGUUUGUAGGUGUUUUGUUUUUGGUUCUAAUCCGCAGGAAGUUCGCCUGACCGUGUGAGUGAUCGCGUGCUUUGACAUGAUCAGGCUCGUGUUUGUACUUGUACAUGUGUGUGUUUUGUGUGUUUGUUAAUAUUUAUAUAUAAAGAAAAUGUGCAUAAUUUACCCAUAUAUAUGCAUUACCCGCUUUUCAUGCCUGUGUGAGUUGGAAUAUGUGUAACUGUUAAGGAUGUUUUCAACAAUUUGC